AAAUUACACCCCAAUUCCUCUCCUUCCCCCAUUUUCUAGGGUUAGGGUUUCUAAAAUAUCUGCUACCCUCAUUCGCAAGUCCAUUUCCCCGCUCCCAUUCGAGCUUGGCUUCGAUCCGCGAUACUUUCGAAGAAAAAUUCGCUGUUGAAAGAUUAAGGGUUAGGAUAUCUUCAUCAUGAGUAGAUCGAGACCUAAUGAAGAGAAAUUGCAAGACCUUGAGCUCAGACUUGCUCCAUCGUUCUUGAAGGAAAGGGCAUUGGGGUUUUUAAGACGUAGUAGUCCAGAGUUCAUAAUCAUUGACGACGAUGAUGAGGAUGAAGUGGAGCAAGUGCAUGCUCCCACUUCUUCAAGAGAGACGAGAAGGUUCUUUCCUUGUCCGAGUUCAUCAGUGACUGGGAUUUCAGAAGGGGAUUUAGAACUUCGGCUUACUGUUGGGGCAUCUAAUGGAUCUUCUGGGAAUAAAGAUUGCGGAGAUGCAAGUGCCAGGAAAUGUUGUGAGUGCGGGCAGGCAUCAAAAGGCCACUUCACUGAGGUGAAACUAAGAUGUGCUAUAUGUAUGGACACCAUGAAGGAGGAGACAUCAACAUUGUGCGGGCACAUCUUUUGCAAGCCUUGCAUCACAAACAGCAUCCUAGAACUCAAGAAAUGCCCAACCUGUCGAAAGGAGCUCUCUCUCGGGAGCAUCCACCGUAUUUUUCUUCCCGGGGCGACUUCUUGACGACCUCAAACUGUAUUUAUGCAAAAAUGUUUGAUCAUGUUGUUCAUCGAUAUGUCCUUGUCUGUGGUUCUAAAUCCUAGAGGGGUCAUCAAAGUGCUCCUAAAGUUAUCGAAAUCCUCUAAAGACCUCUUUGAAGUGCUCUAAAGUUAUCGAAAUCCUCUAAAGACCUAUUUGUUAGUUUGUGGGGUUUAGAGUGGAAUGGUUGAAUACCCAGGAAACGGUUUGUUGUAAGUUGUAGGGCUAAGAUAGUGGUAGAAAUGUUAAUGUUAAAGCAGAUAAUAUGUUCAAAAUGGAAUGUUGAUGUUAAAGCAGAUACUGAGUUUUGUUAGAAUUCAGUUUUUUGUAAUUGCUUUUUGGCAAAUAUUUGUUUCCUUUGCUCCUUUUAGUUCCUUCGAGGCUGUC